AUGGUCCUCUUUUGGAGAGAAAAACCAUGUUUCUGUGAUAUUUACACAGGCCUGCUGACCGGCGUGGUGGUGGACUCCGGGGAUGGCGUGACCCACAUCUGCCCCGUGUACGAGGGCUUCUCCCUGCCCCACCUCACCCGCCGGCUGGACAUCGCCGGGCGGGACAUCACGCGCUACCUGAUCAAGCUCCUGCUGCUGCGCGGCUACGCCUUCAACCACUCGGCCGACUUCGAGACGGUGCGGAUGCUGAAGGAGAAGCUGUGCUACGUCGGAUAUAACAUCGAACAGGAGCAGCGUCUGGCCCUGGAGACCACCCACCUGGUGGAGUCCUACAUGCUGCCUGAUGGCCGGCAGGUGAACGUGGGCGGGGAGCGUUUCGGGGCCCCCGAGGCUCUUUUCCAGCCCCACCUCAUCAACGUGGAGGGAGCGGGCGUGGCCGAGCUGCUCUUCAACACCAUACAGGCGGCGGACAUCGACCUCAGGGCUGAUUUCUAUAAGCACAUCGUGCUUUCGGGGGGGACCACCAUGUACCCGGGGCUGCCCUCCCGCCUGGAGAGGGAGAUCAAGCAACUCUACCUGGAGAGGGUGCUGGAGGGGGAUGUGCAGAAGCUAUCGAAGUUCAAGAUCCGGAUCGAGGACCCCCCCCGGCGUAAGCACAUGGUGUUCCUGGGGGGCGCCGUGCUGGCCAACAUCAUGAAAGACAAGGACUCCUUCUGGCUGAGCAGGGCGGAGUACCAGGAGAAAGGCCUGGCCGUGCUGCAGAAGCUGGGGGGCGGAGACGUGAUGGUGGGGGCGGAGGCCAGCGCGUGCCGCUCCCUGCUGGAGGUGUCGUACCCGAUGGAGAACGGCAUGGUGCGCUGCUGGGAGGACAUGCUGCACCUGUGGGACCACACCUUCGGCCCCGACCGCCUGCACAUCAGCCCGCCAGAGAGCAAGAUCCUGCUGACCGAGCCGCCCAUGAACCCGACCAAGAACCGAGAGAAGAUCACAGAGGUGAUGUUUGAGAAGUACCAGUUCCACGGCAUCUACGUGGCCAUCCAGGCCGUGCUCACUCUGUACGCUCAGGGUAGGAGGACCAUCACACUAUUCACCCAAUAA